GUUCCCAUGCCGCAAGGAGAACACGAAAUAGCAGAGUACGUCAAAGGGAAAGUGUUAUUGAGAGGGAAGGCGAUUAAUCGACGACAACAGCGUCAACAUCUUUCUUUUGUGAACAUUGAACGGACAGGUUUUCGAUAUGAUCCAAACAUUCAAUAUAGCGCAUCUGUUCAAAUCGGUCAGAUGUCAGUAGUUUGUCAAUAUUGCAAUGCAGUCAAAUUUAAAAAUGAACCGCCAUGGUUAUUUUGCGCCGGGGGAAAGGUUAGGUUGCCAGAAUUGCUUCCACCACCACAGCCAUUGUUCCAGCUGCUUUACGGUGAAUCUCCUCACUCGAGCCAUUUCUUAAAGCACACUAAAAUGUACAACAAUUGUUUUCAAAUGACGUCGUUUGGCGAUGAAAUUGUAAAUGAACAAAAGUACAAUCCAACGUUUAGGGUAUUUUUGCCAAACAAUAUUCGACAGAAACUACAGAGCGUUCCUCCAAUUAUACAGGUUCAUGAGCAAAUUUUUCAUCUCGCUGGAUCGCUGUUGCCGCAUCCAGAUCAAGAACUCAAAUAUCUCCAAAUUUACUUUCUGGGAGAUUCACAUGAUGAAGUAAAUCGGCGUUGUGCUAUCUUCAAUACAACGAAAUGUUACACGAACACAAUGGCCUCAUUAAACUGUUUACGAUUUCGUUGGAACGUAUGCCAACAGAUGAUCAUAGUAUAAUCACACAAGCGGACAAAAGACCAACAGGGACACAUGAAAGACAAUAUAAUGCACCUACAGUUAGCGAAAUAUCAGUUGUUGUUGUUGGAGAAAAUUUGCAGUCGCGUGAUAUUGUUAUCAAACGUAGAAAUCAAAACGCACUAAAACGGAUAAGUGAGACACAUCGGUCUUACGACGCAAUGCAAUAUCCGCUCAUGUUCUGCCGUGGAGAAGACGGAUAUCACUUAGGAUAUAAGAUGAUAAAUCCGGUGAAUGGUGUCGAGACAAAUAAAAAAGUCAGUUCAAUGAAGUUUUACGCAUAUCGAAUGAUGAUUCGCCAAAACUAUGACAACCACUUACUGAGAUAUGGACGGUUAUUUCAACAGUAUGCAGUUGACAUGUACGUUAAAGUUGAGACAGAACGACUUAUUUAUAUGUGA